CGCUGCCCCCGGCGUCGCGAGUUCACGCUCGCUCAGCUCCCGCCCGCCCGCCCCGGCUUCAGCCUCGGCCUCCCGGCGGCCCCAUGGCGUACAGUCAGGGCGGCGGCAAGAAGAAAGUCUGUUAUUACUAUGACGGUGAUAUUGGAAACUAUUAUUAUGGGCAGGGCCAUCCCAUGAAACCCCAUAGGAUCCGUAUGACUCACAACUUGUUGCUAAAUUAUGGCUUGUACAGAAAAAUGGAAAUUUAUCGACCCCAUAAAGCUACAGCUGAAGAAAUGACCAAGUACCACAGUGACGAAUACAUCAAAUUUCUUCGAUCAAUAAGGCCAGACAAUAUGUCUGAAUAUAGCAAGCAGAUGCAGAGAUUUAAUGUUGGAGAAGAUUGUCCUGUGUUUGAUGGACUGUUUGAGUUCUGCCAGCUGUCAACAGGAGGCUCUGUUGCUGGGGCAGUAAAAUUAAAUAGACAACAGACUGACAUGGCUGUUAAUUGGGCUGGAGGACUCCAUCAUGCUAAGAAGUCAGAGGCAUCUGGUUUCUGUUACGUCAAUGAUAUUGUGCUUGCUAUCCUAGAGCUGCUGAAAUAUCACCAAAGAGUGUUAUACAUUGACAUUGAUAUCCAUCAUGGUGAUGGUGUUGAAGAAGCAUUUUAUACAACGGACCGUGUCAUGACAGUAUCAUUCCAUAAAUAUGGUGAAUAUUUUCCUGGCACAGGGGACUUAAGGGACAUUGGAGCUGGGAAAGGCAAAUACUAUGCAGUUAAUUUUCCAAUGAGAGAUGGUAUAGAUGAUGAAUCAUAUGGGCAGAUAUUCAAGCCAAUCAUAUCCAAAGUGAUGGAGAUGUACCAGCCCAGUGCCGUGGUAUUGCAGUGUGGAGCAGAUUCAUUAUCUGGUGACAGGUUGGGGUGUUUUAAUCUUACUGUCAAAGGUCAUGCUAAAUGUGUGGAGGUUGUAAAAACUUUUAACUUGCCGCUGCUGAUGCUAGGAGGAGGAGGAUAUACUAUUCGUAAUGUUGCUCGAUGUUGGACAUAUGAGACUGCUGUUGCCUUAGACUGUGAAAUUCCUAAUGAGUUGCCAUACAAUGACUACUUUGAGUAUUUUGGACCAGACUUCAAACUGCAUAUUAGUCCAUCAAAUAUGACAAACCAGAACACACCAGAGUAUAUGGAAAAGAUCAAACAGCGUUUAUUUGAGAACUUGCGUAUGUUGCCUCAUGCACCUGGAGUACAGAUGCAAGCCAUUCCUGAGGAUGCUGUUCAUGAAGACAGUGGAGAUGAGGAUGGAGAAGAUCCAGACAAACGCAUUUCUAUUCGAGCGUCUGAUAAGCGGAUAGCCUGUGAUGAAGAAUUCUCUGAUUCUGAGGAUGAAGGGGAGGGUGGACGACGAAAUGUUGCAGAUCAUAAGAAAGGAGCAAAGAAAGCCAGAAUAGAAGAAGACAAGAAAGAGACUGAGGACAAAAAAACUGAUGUUAAGGAGGAAGAUAAAUCCAAGGACAGUAGCGGUGAAAAGACAGACACCAAAGGAGCGAAAUCAGAACUGCUCAGCAAUCCUUGAAUUAAAGAUAGCCUCACACCAAUUACAGAACACAAUACUAGAGUGGGAAAAUACUAAAAGAAGAAGAGUUUUUUCAUGUUGAGAGAGACUGCUGAUUUCAUUUUGUACUAUUUGGCAUGGACUGUAUUUAUUUUCAUUCGGCUUUGUUUUGGUUUUUGGCAAGUUGUAUUGUGAGUUUUCUAAUUAUGAAGCAGAAAUUCCUUUCUUCACCAUGCUUUAUGUAAUAGUAUUUAAAAUGGAUGUGAGUUAUUAUGUUAAAUGUCUAAACUGAUCUAUUAAAGUAAUUUGCCUUUCCUGAGCUGAUUUUACCUUUUUGUAAUUAUAUCUUUAUUAAAAAAAAUUGUACUUGUU